ACACGCACGCACGCGCACGUUCUCUCCCGGUGAGCUGGUCGUCCCUCCGUCCCUUCCAGCAGAGCGAUGCCCGGCCUGCAGCACUGAUCCCGGCCUGCGCUCCCUCUCUGACCCGGGGACCCCCCUCUCUUCCUGCGGCUCUUCUCUCCUCCUCCCUCCGAGCGAACAUGCCGAACAUCAUGCUCUUCAGCGGGAGCUCGCACCACGACCUGUCCCAGAAAGUGGCGGACCGGCUGGGGCUGGAUCUGGGCAAAGUCAUCACCAAGAAGUUCAGCAAUCAGGAGACAUGCGUGGAGAUCGGGGAGAGCGUGCGGGGCGAGGACGUCUACAUCGUGCAAAGCGGCUGCGGGGAAAUCAACGACAACCUGAUGGAGCUGCUCAUUAUGAUUAACGCCUGUAAGAUCGCCUCGUCGUCCCGCGUCACCGCCGUCAUCCCCUGCUUCCCGUACGCCCGGCAGGACAAAAAAGACAAGAGUCGGGCGCCCAUCUCGGCCAAGCUGGUCGCCAACAUGCUGUCGGUGGCGGGAGCCGAUCACAUCAUCACCAUGGACCUGCACGCCUCCCAGAUCCAGGGUUUCUUUGACAUCGCCGUGGACAACCUGUACGCCGAGCCGGCCGUCCUGCAGUGGAUCCGGGAAAAUAUCGCCGAAUGGAAAAACUCCAUCAUCGUGUCUCCCGAUGCGGGCGGAGCCAAGCGGGUGACGUCCAUCGCCGACCGCCUCAACGUGGACUUCGCCCUCAUCCACAAAGAGAGGAAGAAGGCCAACGAGGUGGACCGCAUGGUGCUGGUGGGCGACGUCAAGGACCGCGUGGCCAUCUUGGUGGACGACAUGGCGGACACGUGCGGGACCAUCUGCCACGCCGCCGACAAGCUGAUCGACGCCGGCGCCGUCAAGGUCUACGCCAUCCUCACGCACGGCAUCUUCUCCGGGCCCGCCAUCUCGCGCAUCAACAGCGCGCCGUUCGAGGCCGUGGUGGUGACCAACACCAUCCCGCAGGAGGAGAAGAUGAAGGCGUGUCCAAAAAUACAGGUCAUCGACAUAUCCAUGAUCCUGGCGGAGGCCAUCAGGAGAACCCACAACGGCGAGUCCGUGUCCUACCUCUUCAGCCACGUCCCGCUGUGAAGGGGGGGGGGCAGGGCUCCGCGGACGUGGGCGGAGCUCCCCCGGUGCUCGCCGCACCACUUCCCCUCUCUUUUGUAUUUAAAAGUCUUUUUAUUUCCUCCCCUCCCACUGCUGCACGGUUCCGGGGGCAGUUCCAGGCGUCGGGUCCCCCACCCCCCUCCUCAAAAAGGUCAUUAAAAUGUAGUGAUGUGAUGA